AUGGACCCCGUCAUUAUAACGCCGGACGAUGUAGCUGAGGCGGUCCGAAGGGCCCCGAACUGGAAAAGUCCGGGGCUCGACGGGCUGCAUCACUACUGGCUGAAGGGGUUCGUGGUGUGUCACGCUGUGCUCGCCCGACAAUUUCAAGAGGCUCUCGACCAAAAGUCGCUCCCGAGCCUUUUCACUACUGGGAUCACUCAUUUGGUUCCUAAAGACCGGGAUACCAUAGACCCGAGCAAAUACCGCCCCAUCACGUGUCUACCCACGAUAUAUAAGACAUUAACAUCCAUUUUGAGCGCGAGAAUCACUCGUCACCUGAACUCAAAUCAGGUGAUGUCGCGCGCUCAAAAUGGAUGUCAGGGCGGUGGUCGUGGAACCAAGGAACCACUCCUCAUUGACGCGGUCAUUGGCAAAGUGGUUAAACGCAACCGUCGGAACCUAUCCGCCGCCUGGAUAGACUACAAAAAGGCAUUCGACUCGGUGCCUCAUACAUGGCUGAAGAGGGUCCUCGAGCUGUACAAGGUUGACUUUACAGUUAGAGACUUCCUCGGGCAGUGUAUGGAGCAGUGGAGUACGAUCCUUUGUCAUCUAGGCGAACGGAUGACGGCUGCGGAGAACCACAUAAGAAGGGGUAUCUUCCAGGGCGAUUGUCUGAGUCCAAUCUGGUUCUGCCUCUCUCUGAACCCUCUCAGUACCUUACUGGAGGGCUCCGGGAGAGGAUUUCAGCUUCGGAGAGGAGGUACAAAAGUGACCCACCUUUUCUAUAGCAAUUCUAUUAAAAUGGAGCUGGGGACGGAUAAGUGUGCGGUCCUCCAUGUCGAAAGGGGUAGGGUUGCUAACUCUGAGGGCAUAGAUUUAUCUAUACCCAUCAACAUAAGGACCCUUUCCGAGGCUGAAACAUACCGAUACCUGGGUAUGUCACAGAACAUCGGUGUAGAUGAGGCGGGUAUGAAACAGUCAGUUUGCGAUGUGUUUUAUGCACGCUUGACCAAAGUGCUUAACAGCCUUUUGUCCGGUGUGAAUAAGACGCACGCAUAUAACGGUUGGGUCAUGCCUGUUCUCAUGUAUACCUUUGGCAUACUUAGGUGGACUCAGACCGAACUAAACGCUCUGGAUAGAAAAGUCCGCACUAUAAUGACGUCCCACAGGAUGCAUCAUCCGAGAUCGUCAGUAAUGAGGCUGCACUUGCCGCGGAAGCAUGGUGGGCGCGGCUUUUUAAGCGCGCUUACCAUGCAUAAUCGCGAAGUGUGCAGCCUCCGUAAUUACUUUCUGACGAGAGCGGAUGAUCCAUACUAUAGGGACGUUAUUUCUUGUGAUAAAGGACUGACCCCUCUAUCCUUAGCCAACGAGCAAUGGCAAGACCCAGCAGUACAGUGCAUUUCCGACCGGGAGGCCGUAUGGAAGGAGAAGGAGCUCCACGGGAGGUUCUACAAGGCUCUACAUGAGCCUUUCGUAGACACAGUCGCCUCCCUUCACUGGCUACGUUUCGGUGACCUCUUUGGGGAAACCGAGGGUUUUGUCUGUGCGAUACAGGAUCAGGUUAUUAAGACCAACAAUUAUCGGAGAUACAUCCUAAAGGAUGGCGCCGUCGACAUCUGUCGAGCUUGUCGCCAUCCCGGUGAGUCACUUAGGCAUGUCAUCUCCGGUUGUUCGGCGCUUUCUAACUCUGAGUAUUUGCACAGACACAAUCUAGUAGCCAGGAUUCUACACCAGGAGCUCGCUCUGAAAUACGGCCUCGUGGAUCGGAAACUGCCGUAUUAUAAGUACUUGCCGGAAGCCGUGCUCGAAAAUGACCGCGCCAGGCUCUACUGGGACCGGGCCAUCAUCACAGACAGGACUAUUCUUGCGAAUAAGCCUGAUAUUGUGCUGAUGGACCGGGCACAGUCAAGGAUAUUUUUGGUCGACAUUACCAUUCCUUAUGACGAGAACCUCGUGAAAGCCGAAACAGAUAAGGUGACAAAAUAUCUGGACCUGGCUCACGAGGUUACCGGCAUGUGGGGUGGUCUGCCGACCGAAAUUAUUCCUGUGGUCGUUUCUGCGAACGGGUUAAUCCCAGUCAGCCUCCCGGGUUAUCUGAGGCGACUGGGACUCCGUGACGGACCGCUCCAGGCUCAAAUGCAGAAGGCGGUGCUCCUCGAUACCGCCCGCUUCGUCCGCCGGUUUCUUUCCCUUUCCCCCUAA